AUGCACAGACGCUCGUCUGGCUCCCCGGUCGCAGACGACUCUGACGAUUCCUCCCCUUUACACGCCGACGAUCAUGGGUCUGGUUUCAGCCCGGGCAAUGCUACCGAUUCCUCCAACGAUAAGUCGCACUCGCACAUAGCCCGUCACGGCACCAGCUUUGAUCUGCGCCGGGAUAACGGCCAAUCCACGCCGCGCUCAAGGAAUUCCAGUCUCUGGCGCAAUCCUUCCUCUCAACCAUCCUCCGACUCCAAGAUCAUGCCUCCGGGCUCCCCGCGACUGCCCAUGGAGGCCUCCUCCCCCGACGGUCGCCGCGCGCGUCAGUCAAGCUUGCGCAGUCCUUGGUCAUGCUCCAUCCUCACAGCUUUGACCACCAUCUUCGCAAUCGCCUUCUUGGCCUCGAUCGUGCGCUCUUUUGCGACUCGCCAGCAGGGGGAAGCCGGAUGUGGUGUGCCCAUGAUGAGCCCAACAUUCAUCCGCAUGUUGGAAUUCGACACGGAACAUACGCGAUUUGCCAGCAAGUACAAUUUGUUUUUGUAUCGGGAGGAGGGCGUUGACCCCUACACCCAGGAUAACAUUGGGUACCUGUGCUCUUUCUCCCUGGCAAUGCUGGCAGUUACCGGCAGGUCCCGGUCUCUAGCGGCCGAAGCUUCGCGGCACUAUUCCGACGUGGUAAAUCACGACGAGCAGCGACAUGCCGCCGGCGUGCGCAGCCUCGACUUUUUUAUGGUGGACUUCAAUGAGGAUAUGGCGGCUUUCCACGGUCAAACCUUGUUAGACCAAGCGGAAUACGUCAAUGAGGCAAUCGCAUAUAUUCUUUCCCUGUACCACGAUCCGCAUCGCACUCGCCGGGAUCCAGGCUUGCCUGACCCGAGCGCGGUGAUCUUGGUCGGGCACUCGAUGGGCGGCAUUGUGGCUCGAACCACUCUGACGAUGGCCAAUUACCAAGCCAAUUCCGUCAACACGAUCAUCACCAUGUCCGCGCCACACGCGAAACCACCCGUUUCCUUCGACUCGGACAUUGUUCACACCUACAAGCAAAUCAAUGAUUACUGGCGAGAAGCCUAUUCGCAGACCUGGGCGAACAACAACCCGCUUUGGCACGUGACGCUGAUUUCCAUCGCCGGUGGUGCACGCGACACCGUCGUCCCCUCCGACUAUACGAGCAUCUCAUCCCUCGUCCCGGAGACCCAUGGCUUUACCGUUUUCACUUCUUCCAUGCCGAAUGUGUGGAUCGGCAUGGAUCACUUGUCUAUCACGUGGUGUGAUCAAUUCCGCAAGGCUAUCAUCAAAUCGCUAUUCGACAUCAUCGACGCCCGCCGUCCAUCGCAGACCAAGCCUCGAGCGGAUCGCAUGCAAAUCCUCAGACGAUGGUACUUGACCGGACUGGAGUCCGUUGCGGAGCGGACCCUGUCCCAGAAGGAGCCGAAUACACUCUUGACUCUCGAAGAUAAUGCAAACACUAUUCUGGCUCAGGGCCAGCGGCUCGUUCUUCGUCAACUCGGGCAACGACAUGGCCCUGACGUGCGCCUGUUGCCCAUUCCACCACAAGGAGUGUCCGGUAAAAAGUUCACUCUUCUUACAGAUCAGAGUUUCGAUAAGAAUGGACAUAUUGAGGUCCUGUUCUGCAGCGUUUUUCCCUUGAGUAACGGUCGGUCUACGGUUUUCUCCAUGAAUCUGGACUUCUCAGGAGGCACCGUAGGCUCAACUCGAUUGGCAUGCAAAAGCGCUUCCGAGGAUGCCAUCUAUCUUCCUGCUUCAAAGGCGAAUUCGCAGAAUCCUUACGAUCCGGUUCCUCCUUUCUCCUAUCUUCAAUACGAUCUGGAAAAUCUGGCCGAACAUCAAUUCGUCGCCAUCGUGGACAAGGCCAAUGUGCCCACCGCGGGCUUCUUGGUGGCCGAGUUCUCCGACAGCUCGGUUGCAGUGAUCCGAGCUAAGGUGGGAUUAGGCAGUCUGUUGAGUGCGGGCCUGAAGAUGCGCUUGCCUGCCAGUCGCCCCAUGCUCACGGAGGUCAAUAUCCCCGCCCUGUACUCCAGUCUACUCAACUACAAAUUGAAGAUUGAACGAAAACCCCAACGCGAUGAGCUUUUCGCUCCGCUCCUCCGUCAGUCUAUCCCCGAUCCUCACGAGUCCAAGUUCUUUGUCAACGUCAAUGAUGUCAACGUCAACCUCCACGGUAUUGCGCCCUUCAUGCCUUCCCCUGUGCGCGAGUCGGCCUCCGUGGGAGGUGUUUCGUUCCAAUUGUGGACCGACCCGACCCCCGGCGAAACCGUGGAUAUCUCCCUGUCGGUCGAUAUCCGCGGGAGUCUGGGCGAACUUGUCAUGCGCUACCGCACUGUGUUUGCGGCAUUUCCGCUUCUCGUCGUAGCAAUGGUCCUUCGCAAGCAGUUCCAGAUUUAUGAUCAGACGGGAUACUUCAUCCCAUUCACCGAUGGUCUGGACCGGGCCAUGCGCUCCUCGUUGCCUCUCUUGCUGGUGGCCAUGUCACUCUUGGCAACUUCGCUUGCGACUUCCAAGGCUCUGCCGCAAUCUGACGAUCCCUUCCACUGGCGGACCAAUUCUACCGAAACUCUGCUCGACUUUACCAAGAAUGACCUGUUACUCGGCUCCCAGGAUGCCUUCUUCUGGUUCCUCGUUCCAGUCUUCGGUCUGAUUAGCAUCGGAGUCUGCGUUCUGAUCAAUUACCUCGCGCUCUUCCUUGUGACCAUCUUCUCUUUGGUAUACGGUGCCAUCUAUAGCAAGUCCGGCUACAUUCGCCGGGAGGACCGGGGUAAUUCAACGGUUUUCAUCGCGCCCACCCCCCGUCGCCGCGUGAUUCAUACUGCCAUUCUGCUUGUUCUCGUGUCGACUGUCAUUCCUUACCAAUUCGCUUAUCUGGUGGCCUGUAUCGUACAGUUAGCAACCACUGUGCGCAGCCAAUGGCACGCAAAGGAAACGCGAUCCGUUUCUCACCUUAAUUUUAACAAUUACGCCCAUUCCGUCCUAAUUCUGAUGCUUUGGAUCCUGCCGAUUAACGUGCUCGUCCUUCUGGUCUGGGCGCAUAAUUUGGUCGUGCACUGGUUCAUGCCCUUUUCAUCGCACCACAACGUCCUUUCGAUCAUGCCUUUCCUCCUUCUCGUCGAGACCAUGACUUCGGGCGCCAUGAUCCCUCGAAUCACCACCCGUCUGCGCCACGUGACGUCGGUUAUCUUCUUCGCCAUUGCCAUCUACUCUGGAGUCUACGGAGUUACGUAUGCUUAUCUACUGCACCAUCUGGCCAACAUGUUGGCCGCAUGGUUUGUCGGCAUCUAUUUGGUUGGCAGUGGAGUUUCGCCUGGGAGAUUGUGGCGGAUUAUCGACGGCGACGAAGUUCCCGAGAAUACUGGAAGACAUGUUAAGAAGAAGCCAUGA